AUGGCUCCGACAAGGCUUCGACUACAAAAUCAUUCUCAAAGAUCUAAUGAAACCUUCAAGGAAUAUGCUCAAUGUUGGCGCGAGAUGGCAUUUAGAGUCCGGACAACAUUAUCUGACAACGAAUUAGUGGAUAUCUUCAUGGGUACACUGCAAGGGAUGUAUUUUGAGAAGAUGAUCAGUAGUUCAUCAAUAAAUUUUGCUGAUAUGGUAACCAUUGGGGAACAUGUUGAAAGUGGGCUAAAAUUAUGGAAAAUCACAGACACGACCGCACAACAGACAACCAACAAGAGGCCGCAUAGGGGCUUCGCUAAAAAGAAGGAGGGGGAAGCAAACGCUGUGACGGCGAAGGCCCGCCCCCGAUAUCAAUUUACGAUGGCCCCUAUGCCGUAUUAUCCGUAUCCAUAUGUCGCUGCAGCUCAAUAUCAGCAACCUCCAUUCCAGUACCAACCGCAGAAAGGUAAUCAACAACCAACACCCGCUCAGAAAAUUCUGAACCAACAAUAUAAUCGUGAUAACAGAGGAAAAAAUCGAGGUCAUAACAACAUAGAAAAUUUUGGUAAUCGUCCCCACUUCGGUAAGAUCCAGGUACCAUAUGAAGAGUUAGUGCCGUAUCUGAUCCAUGUGGGGGUUAUUGUACCAAGAGAACUUCCAGCAACCUCUCCUCCCUUUAAUCGCAUUCACAAUCCUAAUGCCACAUCCGUUUUCCAUGCUGGGUAUAUAGAACAUUCUAUCGAGGAUUGUUGGGCUCUCAAAAAGAGGAUCCAAGAGUUAAUUGAUCAAGAGAUUUUGUCUUUCUCUGAAGAAAAACCGAAUGUAAAGACUAAUCCCUUACCAAACCAUGGUGGCGCAACAGUCAAUGCUAUGAUUGAAGAGGAGGCUACCGAAUCUAUACUAAGGGCCGAAGAAGUGAAGACUCUGAUGUCCGUUGUGUUACAGAGGCUUGAACAGUUUGGGUUUCUAGAAGGUGUACAUGAUGAUUGCGUAGUAUGCGAGUUUGAUCCGGACAAUUGUGACAGGUUGAGGGGUUGUGUGCAAGAACCGAUGGAUCAAGGGUUAAUACAGUUCUCCAAGUAUCAAACAAUAGAAGAUGGGGCAGUAAUUGAACCAAUAACAUUUGUGUAUAGAAAAAAGAAGGUUGAAGCUCCUCCCAAGAGGAUUCAUCCGAUUCAUUUCCGUGUUCCCACUCCGCUCCCGUAUUAG